AUGGAAUCGCCAACGAGAGAGGCGGAUACGUCCAGCUUACUCUCCUCGCCGCCCUCGUCGCCCAUGUCGGCCCUGUCCGACAUGUCGGGUACGCCUUCGCUGCCCGGUCUACCGAUCGCCUCGUCUUCCCUGGCCGACCUCUCCCACCGCUAUCCCUCUCCCACAUGCUCGGCCUCGACAUCGGGCACGCAGACGCCCUCGAAGAAGACGGCCAGGCCAACCAAACCAACCACAACCGCCGCCGCCGCCACCGCCGCCGCCGCCGCCAAGCCCGGCAGCAGCAAGGAGCCCAAGCCGUCGCGGCCGAGGGCUCCCCCGGACCCGACAGAAAAGCCCGCACGGCCAGCCAAGAGGCCCAAGCUCACCGCCGCCACCUUGUGGCCCAAGGAGCGCACGACCGAGCACCUGGACCUGACCAAGCCCGAGGCGGAGUGGACCGAGCACGACGCGCUGCAGCUCGAGAGGCUGUCGCAGUCCCUGCGCAGGAAGAAGAAGAUCGUCGUCGUGGCCGGCGCGGGCAUCUCCGUGUCGGCCGGCAUCCCCGACUUCCGGUCGGCCACCGGCCUGUUCGCCCCGGCCGGCAGCCAGCAGACCAAGCUCAAGGCGUCGGGCAGGCACCUGUUCGACGCCUCGGUCUACAAGCACGACGAGUCGACGCACUCCUUCCACACCAUGGUGCGCGAGAUGGCCGACAUGGCGUCGCGCGCCAAGCCCACGCCCUUCCACCACCUGCUGGCGUCGCUGGCCCGCGAGGGCCGCCUGAUGCGGCUGUACUCGCAGAACAUCGACUGCAUCGACACGUCCAUGGAGCCCCUGGCCACGCGCGUGCCGCUCAACGCCAAGGGUCCCUGGCCCACCACCAUCCAGCUCCACGGCGGGCUGGACAAGAUGGUCUGCACCAAGUGCGCCCAGCUGCAGCCCCUCGACGGCGCCCUGUUCGACGGGCCCGAGCCGCCCCUCUGCGGCGCCUGCAAGGACCAGGACGAGGUGCGCACCGCCUUUGCCGGAAAGCGCAGCCACGGCAUCGGCCGCCUGAGGCCCCGCUUCGUCCUCUACAACGAGUUCAACCCGGACGGGGAGGCCAUCGGCAACGUGUCCAGCGCCGACCUCAAGGCCCGUCCCGACGCCGUCAUCGUCGUCGGCACCAGCCUCAAGGUCCCCGGCACCCGCCGCCUGGUCAAGGAGCUGUGCCAGGUCACCCGCCACCGCCGCGGGGGCUUCACCGCCUUCAUCAACACCGACUCGGAGCCCAAGGGCGCCGAGUUCAAGGACUGCUGGGACAUGGUCGUCCGCGCCCCCUGCGACAUGGUCGCCCGCGAGGUCGGCUGCGCAUCCUGGUCCUGCAACAUCGGCACCGACUACCUCCUCUCGGCCGAGGACUCCCUCCAGAGCCAGAUCCGCUGCCGCGCCACCAAGAUCGAGGUCGAGAUCCCCUGCAAGUCGCCGUCCCCGACGCCCGCACCCGCCACCGCUGCCGCCACCGUCACCACGCCCACCACCAACCGCGUCAGGCGGGUCGAUGGUAUGCCCACGCCUCGUCCCAGCCCCAAGCCGGGCGCGUCCAAGGAUCCUGCCGCCGCCGCCGCCGCCGCCGCCGCUGCCGCCGGGAGGCCGAAGCAGACACGGCUAUCGUUCGCCGUCGGCAAAGAGGACACGGCGACGAAGACCGAUGCCGACCGGAAGCAGCAGCAGAAGCACCAGCAGAAGCACCAGCAGCCCGGAAAGAAGACGGCCGCCGUGCGCGCCAAGGGCCGCAAGCCCCUCCGUACCUCGCAGCCCAAGAACACCGUUGCCCAGGCCUUCAGGGCCGUCAAGGGCGGAGCGGAGCCGGGGUCGGUCAAGGUGGCUGGCAAGUUGGCUGCCAAGCCCGAGCAUGACUCGGCUGAUGAUUCCGCCGUCACCGUCAAGAGCGAGGAGAGACCAUCGACGCCUACUACUACUUCUGCAUACCAUCCCGCCUCCCAGGACACGAUCUCCCCCAAGUCCAUACCUAAGAGUAUGGCUGACCUGAUAGAUGUAGAUGUACAAUAG